AUGCCCCAGAAAGGAUCAUCCCAAUAUCACCCAAAGGGUAGAUCACCAACACCCUCCACUGGAACUCCUUUAGAGAUGAUUCAAAGAAGAGAUCAAAACAAAAAAAAUCAAAAUCAAAAUCAUCCCCACGCCAUAAAGGAAAAAGUGGAUCACACUGUCAAAACUCCAGUUGUUCAAUUAUUCCUCAAAACAUUUGAGCUUGCUGUUAAUACAAAGGAGUAUGGCCUUGAUAGACUCAAAAAGUAUUGUGAAACUAUUCAACUUGUUGCCAUGGUCUUUUGUGCAUCCAAAACUCUUCGAGCUGGGUACAAGGCUCAGAUAAGUAAUCCACUUGUAUUUCAAGAUUGUUACAAAAUGAAUGAAGGUAGAAAAGAAAAAGAAAAUUAUUUAGAAGGAAAAACUGUAUGUUUAUGGGCAAAGUUGAAGAGGUUGAGAUCCGAAUUGGUUGCCAAAUUCAAAAAGAACGAUGGGUUUAUUACUCGCAGUUCUGCAAAUCCCAAUAUCUUAUGUGGCUUCCCCUCAUCAAGAUUUUCAAAACGUACCUGA